AUGGAACCAGGAGAGAGGCACCCUCAGCAGAUAAGGCAAGUGCUGCUUUUCUUUGUUUUCCUGGGAGGGUCUUUGGUGUGUUCAGAGCCCUGGCACUAUUCUGUGGCAGAGGAAAUGGAGAUCGGCUCUGUUAUAGCCAAUGUGGUGAAAGAAAUAGGUUUGGCUGUGGAAGACUUGGUUGCACGGGGGGCGAGAGUCAUCUUUGACGACUAUAAACCAUAUUUACAAUUGGAUCCACAGACUGGCAACUUGCUCUUAAAUAAGCAACUGGACCGGGAGGCACUUUGCCAUUUCACAGAGCCAUGUAUAUUGCAUUUCCAGGUAUUAUUUGAAAAUCCUUUACAAUUUUUUCGGGCUGAACUUUGGGUUAAAGACAUAAAUGAUCAUACCCCUACUUUCCUAGACAAGCAAAUAAUUCUGAAAAUCUCAGAAGCUACUGCUCCAGGAACCUCAUUCCAAAUGGACAGUGCUCAGGACUUGGAUGUAGGAAAGAAUGGUGUCCAAAACUACACAUUAAGUCCCAAUCCUUAUUUCCACCUUAAAUUACAAGACAGUGAUGAUGGCAGAAACUUCCCAGAGCUGUUACUGGACCAACCUCUGGAUCGGGAAAAGGAGCCCGAGUUUAGAUUAACGCUAACAGCCUUGGAUGGUGGGUCUCCGCCCAGGUCUGGAACUACACUGGUUCGUGUUUUGGUUUUAGAUAUCAAUGACAAUGCUCCAGAGUUCGAAAGGCCUGUCUAUGAGGUUCAGGUACCAGAAAACAGUCCUGUGGACUCCUUGGUCAUCAGGGUGUCUGCUACAGAUUUGGAUGCGGGAAUAUAUGGAGAAUUAUCCUACUCAUUUUCUCACGUCUCCACAGACAUUCGGAAAACAUUUGAAAUCCAUCCAGUUUCUGGUGAAAUCCAUUUAAAAGCGCUUCUGGAUUUCGAGUUAAUUCAGUCAUAUACAAUAAAUAUCCAGGCCAUUGAUGGGGGUAGCCUUUCCGGAAAAUCAGCAAUUUUAGUUCAGGUUGUGGAUGUGAAUGACAACGCACCAGAAAUAGUCAUGACAUCUCUGACUAGCCCCAUACCUGAAAAUUCGUCACCUGAAAUGGUGGUCGCUGUUUUUAGCGUACGAGACCUAGAUGCUGGGGACAACGGGAGGAUGGUGUGCUCCAUUCAGGAUGACCUCCCUUUUCUCUUGAAGCCUACCUUUAAGAAUUUCUACACCCUGGUAACAGAGAGCCCCCUAGAUAGAGAGAGCCAGGCCGAGUACAACAUCACCAUCACCGUCACCGACUUGGGAACCCCCAGGCUGAAAACCCAGCACAACCUAACGCUACUGGUGAGAGACAUAAAUGAUCAUUCUCCAGAGUUUCCUGAAAGAGAAAUGACUCUGAAAAUCCUGGAGACUAGCCCUCUGGGGACCAUGUUUCCUCUGAAAAAAGCCCAGGACUUGGACGUGGGCAACAACAACAUCCAAAGUUAUAGUAUCAGUCAGAACUCUCAUUUCCAUGUUUCUACCCGCACCCGGGGGGAUGGUAGGAAAUACCCAGAACUGGUACUAGACAAAGAGCUGGAUCGUGAGGAGCAGGCUGAGCUCCGAUUAACCCUCACAGCACUGGAUGGCGGCUCUCCACCCCGGUCUGGCACUGCUCAGGUGCGCAUCUUGGUACUGGAUGUCAAUGACAAUGCCCCUGAGUUUGCAAAGAUACUCUACCAGGUGCAGGUUCCAGAGAACAGCCCUGUAGGCAUGCUAGUUGUCAAGGUCUCUGCUAGAGAUUUAGACACUGGAACAAAUGGGGAAAUAUCAUACUCCUAUUUUUAUAGUUCCCAAGAGAUAAGCACAACUUUUGAGCUAAACAGCCUUUCAGGAGAAGUUCGACUAAUUAAAAAAUUGGAUUUUGAGAUAAUAUCUUCAUAUGAGCUGGAAAUAGAGGCGUCUGAUGGUGGGGGGCUUUCUGGAAGGUGCUCUGUCUCCAUUGAGGUGGUGGAUGUUAACGAUAACCUCCCAGAAAUAACUAUUUCAUCACUCACCAGCCCCAUUCCUGAAAAUUCUCCUGAGACAGAGGUGGCCCUGUUUAGAAUUCGAGACCGAGACACAGGGGACAACGGAAGGAUGACUUGCUCUAUCCAGGAUGAUCUCCCCUUCGUCCUGAAACCAUCAGAAGAGAAUUUCUAUACCCUGGUAACAAAUGGGGCCCUAGACAGGGAGAGCCAGGCCGAGUACAACAUCACCAUCACCGUCACCGACCUGGGGACCCCCAGGGGCCCGUUUCCGGGCCACCUGGUGGACGUCAGCGGCGCGGGGACCCUGUCCCACAGCUACCAGUACGAGGUGUGUCUGACGGAAGGAUCUGGGACCACUGAGUUCAAAUUCUUGAAGCCUAUCUUCCCCAAUAUUCUGAACCAAGACCUUAGGAGUAAGUCAGAGCCAAAUCCAACCUUCCGGAAUAGCUUAGGUAUCUGAAACUUUCCUGUUCACUUUCUGUUAGUUUUGUCUCCUUCACCUUUCUGUUUCAUUUUUUAAUCCAGUAGUAAUUUUAAUUGUACUUUCACCCUCUUUUUUCCAUAGUAAAUUUACUCUUUGUUUUGUUGGCCUGAUCAAUCCUAUGAUUAUUUUUCCAGGUAUUGUAUUAUUAGUAGACAUUCUAUAUCAGGAAAUUAAUAUCUCUGUUUAAAAUUUUUAUACUCAUUCCUAAAGGAUAAUAUGAAAAUUAACCUCUCAGAAUAUACAAUUAUGAUUUUCAAAGUAUUUUACUAACUAUAUGACAGUACUUAAGAACGUCCAAUUCCUGGG